GAGAGAGCGUGACGUCUCUCUAACUUCCGCGCUCCCUCCUCCUUUCAGGCUUUCACUGUGUGCCCGUUACAAACAUUUCUCAGGCGACUUAUAUUUUUUUGUUUUUCCUUCACAGGCUUCCUGUUCUCCAACCAAACCCUCUUUCCUCCUUUUUUCGGCGCCUAAAACCCAAUUUUUCGAAUUAUUUUUUUCACUCCUUGCAGGGAUCACAAGUUGUGCUGGGAAUUAUAGUUCUUCCUCUUCUUCAAAUGGAGUUCGUGGGCAGAACUGUUAAGAAGGAGGUCAAGGGGGUUGGGAUUAUUUCGGGAACAGUGAAAUCUUUCGAUUCAUCGUCUGGUUUCGUUGAGAUCGUUUAUGAAGAUGGUAAUUCUGAGGAGCUUGAGUCGUCUGACGUGGCUUCUCUUGUUCAAGGGGAACCAGAGUUAGUAAAGGUGAAGCGCCGGGGAAGGAAACCCAAGAAGAGGCGUCGUGUAGAAAGGAAGCAUGACACCAGUGGAAGCCCAGGUAAUAUUGAUGAGAAUUUGGGUGUUUCCAUGCUAAAUGAUUCUGAAUUGAGGGGGGUUUCUGAUGAAGGUGUUUCUUCUAGGAAGCCCGGGGGCGGCAAAUGGGGCAGGAGGGAAUUUGACUUUGGGAACUGA